CUGUUGUUCAUUUGAGUGUUUGUUUUCAACUUAAUUUUAAAGUCUUGGCCUGCUUCGUAAGUGAAAAGAUAGAGAAUGGGUUCUUUAGGUUCCACAGACAAGCCUCAUGCAGUUUUUAUUCCUUUCCCUGCUCAAGGCCAUAUUAAUCCCAUGCUAAAGCUUGCCAAACUACUUCACCACAGAGGAUUCCAUAUCACCUUUGUCAACACAGAGUUCAAUCACAAACGUUUGCUCAAAUCCAGAGGUCCAGGUGCUCUCAAUGGCCUCCCUUCUUUUCGUUUCGAAACCAUUCCUGACGGCCUCCCUCCAACAGAAGCUGAUGCCACCCAAGACAUUCCAUCUCUGUGCGAGUCCACCUCCAAAACCUGCUUAUCUUACUUUAAACAACUGCUUCACAAGCUCAACGACUCCUCAACCAACGCUCCUCCUGUCUCUUGCAUCGUUUCGGAUGGAGUCAUGAGCUUCACUCUUGAUGCAGCUGAAGAACUUGGCGUCCCUGAAGUUCUCUUUUGGACCCCAAGCGCAUGUGGCUUCCUGGGUUAUGUUCACUAUCCCCAACUAAUGGAGAAGGGUUAUACACCUCUCAAAGAUGAAAGCUAUUUGACGAACGGAUACCUGGACACUGUCAUAGAUUGGAUACCAGCAAUGGAAGGUAUCCGAUUGAGGGAUCUGCCAAAUUUUAUCAGAACAACUGACCCAAAUUUCAUUAUGCUCGAUUUUCUUUCAGUUGAAACCCAAAGAGCUCGAAAGGCCUCAGCAAUAAUAGUGAAUACAUUUGAUGACUUGGAGCAUGAAGUCUUGGAUGCACUCUCUUCAAUGCUACCUCCUAUUUACUCCGUGGGUCCCCUUCAUCUUGUUUUGAAUCAGCAUGUCCAUGACAGUGAUUUGAAACAACUAGGAUCAAAUCUUUGGAAGGAAGAGCCUGAGUGUCUCCAAUGGCUAGACUCAAAAGGGCCCAACUCCGUUGUUUAUGUGAAUUUUGGAAGCAUCACUGUCAUGACGGCUGAUCAGUUAACUGAAUUUGCUUGGGGGCUGGCAAAUAGUAACCAAGCCUUUUUAUGGGUCAUCAGGCCCGAUCUUAUCGGUGGUGAGUCGGCAAUCGUACCAGCAGAGUUCGUAGAGGAGACCAAAGAUAGAGGACUAUUGGCAACUUGGUGCCCACAAGAACAAGUUCUGAGCCACCCUUCUGUUGGAGGAUUCUUAACACACAGCGGAUGGAAUUCUACAAUUGAAAGUAUAUCAAGCGGCGUUCCCAUGAUAUGUUGGCCAUUUUUUGCUGAGCAACAAACAAAUUGUCGGUAUUCUUGCACUAAAUGGGGAAUCGGCAUGGAAAUUGACAGUAAUGUUAAGAGGGAUGAAGUUGAGAGCCUUGUUAGAGAGUUAAUGGAAGCAGAAGAGGGUAAAGAAAUGAAGAAAAAAGCUCUAGAGUGGAAGAGAAAAGCAGAGGAGGCUACUCGCAAUUCCCAAGGGUCAUCUUACAGGAAUCUGGACCAAAUGAUCAACCAAGUUCUACUGUCUCCAAGAGAUUAAGAUUAAGCAAAAAUGCUUCGAACUUUUUUAUAAUCAAUUGGAACCUUGGCAAUUUAUUUGUAUAAUCCUGGGAAGACACUUAAUUAGGAGCUGAUAUAAUAAUGUAUGAUAAUGUACGUUUUAUGAUUGAAUCACUUAAUUUAGUAUUAAAUGGACAUCCAUAAGCAGUCUCCUUGCUAUAUAGUCUUGGAACAAAGCAAAUAAGGAGGAAUUGUAAGUUUGGCAGGUAGGCAGAGCAUUGGUUUCAAACCCUAAAACAACAUGUAGACUCACAUAACAAGUUUAAAUUUACUUACAAAACCAUGAAAAAGUUUAGGUUAUGUCGGUCUGUAAAGUUUAGAUGAUGUCAGUCAAUUUUGCCAUCAAGGCUCUAGUAUUGUCAACUUCAAC